CGGCCCCCGGCGAGGCUCACUGCGCUUGCGCUGACAGACGCAAGAUGGCGGACAGUGCGGAACUAAAGCAAAUGGUUAUGAGCCUUAGAGUUUCUGAACUACAAGUACUGUUGGGCUACGCUGGGAGAAACAAGCACGGACGCAAACACGAACUUCUCACAAAAGCCCUGCAUUUGCUAAAGGCUGGCUGUAGUCCUGCUGUACAAAUGAAAAUUAAAGAACUCUAUAGGCGGCGGUUCCCCCAGAAAAUCAUGACGCCUGCGGACUUGUCCAUCCCCAAUGUACAUUCAAGUCCUAUGCCAGCAACUUUGUCUCCAUCCACCAUUCCACAACUCACUUACGAUGGUCACCCUGCAUCAUCACCGUUACUCCCUGUUUCUCUCCUGGGACCUAAACAUGAACUGGAACUCCCACAUCUUACAUCAGCUCUUCAUCCAGUCCAUCCGGAUAUAAAACUUCAAAAACUACCAUUUUAUGACUUAUUGGAUGAACUGAUAAAACCCACAAGUCUAGCAUCAGACAACAGUCAGCGCUUUCGAGAAACCUGUUUUGCAUUUGCAUUGACACCACAACAAGUACAGCAAAUCAGUAGUUCCAUGGAUAUUUCUGGGACCAAAUGUGACUUCACAGUGCAGGUCCAAUUAAGGUUUUGUUUAUCUGAAACCAGUUGUCCACAAGAAGAUCACUUCCCACCCAAUCUUUGUGUGAAAGUGAAUACAAAACCGUGCAGCCUUCCAGGUUAUCUUCCACCUACUAAAAAUGGUGUGGAACCAAAGCGACCCAGCCGACCAAUUAAUAUCACCUCACUUGUCCGAUUAUCCACAACAGUACCAAACACCAUUGUUGUUUCUUGGACUGCAGAAAUUGGAAGAACCUAUUCCAUGGCAGUAUAUCUUGUAAAACAGUUGUCCUCAACAGUUCUUCUUCAGAGGUUACGAGCAAAGGGAAUAAGGAAUCCGGAUCAUUCUAGAGCUUUAAUUAAAGAGAAAUUGACUGCGGAUCCAGACAGUGAAAUAGCUACAACCAGCCUAAGGGUAUCUCUUCUAUGUCCACUUGGUAAAAUGAGGCUGACAAUUCCAUGUCGAGCCCUUACAUGUUCUCAUCUGCAGUGUUUUGAUGCAACUCUUUACAUUCAGAUGAAUGAGAAAAAACCAACCUGGGUUUGUCCUGUCUGUGAUAAGAAGGCUCCAUAUGAACACCUUAUCAUUGAUGGCUUGUUUAUGGAAAUCCUAAAGUACUGUACAGACUGUGAUGAAAUACAGUUUAAAGAGGAUGGCUCUUGGGCACCAAUGAGAUCGAAAAAGGAAGUACAGGAAGUUUCUGCCUCUUACAAUGGAGUUGAUGGAUGCUUGAGCUCCACGUUGGAACAUCAGGUAGCUUCUCACAACCAGUCCUCCAAUAAAAACAAGAAAGUAGAGGUGAUUGACUUAACCAUAGACAGUUCCUCUGAUGAAGAGGAGGAAGAGCCAUCUGCCAAGAGGACAUGUCCUUCCCUGUCUCCCACAUCACCACUAAACAAUAAAGGCAUUUUAAGUCUUCCACAUCAAGCAUCUCCAGUAUCCCGCACCCCCAGCCUUCCUGCUGUAGACACAAGCUAUAUUAACACCUCCCUCAUCCAAGACUACAGGCAUCCUUUCCACAUGACACCCAUGCCUUAUGACUUACAAGGAUUAGAUUUCUUUCCUUUCUUAUCAGGAGACAAUCAGCAUUACAACACCUCCCUGCUUGCCGCUGCAGCAGCAGCAGUCUCAGAUGAUCAAGACCUCCUACACUCGUCGAGAUUUUUCCCAUAUACCUCCUCACAGAUGUUCCUCGAUCAGUUAAGUGCAGGAGGCAGCACUUCCCUGCCAACCACCAAUGGAAGCAGUAGUGGCAGCAACAGCAGCCUUGUGUCUUCCAACAGCCUAAGGGAGAGCCAUAGCCACACUGUCGCAAACAGGAGCAGCACAGAUACAGCGUCCAUCUUUGGCAUCAUACCAGACAUUAUCUCAUUGGACUGAUCCCUUGCCCCUGCUGCUCCCACCCCAUCCUAGAUUAAAUGAACUUGGCAGAAAGAAGAGAACUUUGUGCUCUGUCUUAUCUUAUUCUGUUUAGCAAAGUACAGCGUGGCUUUUUUUCCUUUUUUUAGGGAAAAAAUUAAAAGAAAUGUACAGAGAACAAAACUAUAUUUUCAGUUUUACUUUUGUAUAUAAAUCUAAGACUGCCUGAUAAAACACUUGUUUAAAAAAAAAAAAAGGAAAGAAAAGAAAAAAGCACCCACAAACCACCUUCAGUUCAUUUUUUCUGGAUUCUGAAGAUUUUUCAUCAUUUGUCCUAUGGUUUUGGUUUUAUUUUACUUCAAUGGCAUUAUUUUAUUUGCAGUAAGCAGAAAAGGAAUUGCAUGUAUGAAGUUUUAAAUUGUGGGCUUUGUUGUGGGGGGGUUGGGGGGAUAGUUUGAUUACCAUUUUUUAAAAAUGACAGACUUGGAUUCUGUUUGUGUGUGUGUGUGUGUGUGUGUGUGUGUGCGCGCGCGCGUGUGCAUAUUUUAUCCAGCCUUAAGUUAUAAAUCUCAUCUGUCCCACUUUCAUUCCCUAUGUAUUUUCAGGUCAUAGCUCAUGGGUGUGUGUGUUCAGUGUGUGUGUCUAUAUGUAUUUUUUGUCAUUAAUGUUCUCUCUCCUCUGGAGUUUGCAUUCAGUUAAUAUAUUAGUUGCCUGCUUCUUUUAAAGUGCUUUGAAGGUCUUGAACUCACAUGUGAGUAUCUUUAUCAACUAUCCCAGUUGCAUGUUCUCCAUCAUAUAUUCUUGCUCUUAAGCCCCCUGAGAAUACGCUGUAGAAAUACUGGGGUAAAGCUGUCUGGGUAAGAAGUAGGCUUACUAGACCUGUGAAUAAUACAUAGUCUAGUUCUUGAUUCUAAAUCUGGAUUGCCAGUGUUGUAUAUUUAAACCAAGUCUGUGAAUACCUGCUUUUUUGGCCACAGGGUAACAAGUUUUCAUAUAAGAUCUUCAUACCAAAGUAGGAAGUGAUAAUAGCUUAGAAAGUCCUGCUGGGCGUCUUGUGCAGCUGACAGAAGAAAGGUUAUGUCACCUCAUAAAAAAGAGGAGUCAAUAACCCUAAAAGUAAAUUUUGUUUGGAAAAUAAAGUGCACCCCACAUGUGGAUAGAAAUCUAUCUGAUAAAACAGUUGAACUUCAAAAUGUGUUUGAACCUUAGUCAUUUUUAUUCUCUGAUUCUGAGUGUACUUAUUUUCUUAACCUAUCUACCUAGUUUAUUUUUUUUUUCACCUUUUAAUGACAAGCAUGACAUAGGAAAGUCAUUUUUUAAAAAUUCAUAAAUGGGUCUGAUCUCUUAAUAGUGGAACAUGUAAAUAUAUUGAAAACUGUUUUUGAGGAGAUAAGUGAGGGUUGAUGGGAAGGAAAAGUGGUUUUACUUGUGUUCCAAAAAUCCUCUUCAGAGAAGAUACUAUGUUCUCAAAUAUGGAAAAUGUAUUUCAGUUGAUUGAGAGUAUAGGUUUAACAGAAAAGAUUUUGAUUUCCAGUUUUCCAGACUGGGUUUUUAUAUCACAGCUAUUAAUAUUCUCAGAGUUGAUGAAGGACCACUUUUGUGUAUAAACUUGUCAGUUUCAACCUUGCAUUGGUAACAAUAUGACCUACUUUAAUCCAGGUAGAAUUCAAGAUGUCUUUGGCUAUAUGAUAAAAUUAAUGGUUCACAUGACUGUGUGGCAUCUUAAAAUAAUAUGUUUUUACAGCAUCUCUGUUACUAAAUUGUUGACUUGAAUUUUGAAAAAAAAAAAAAAACUUCGUGUUGAUAUGUAUAUGUGUGUGUGUAUAUAUGUAUUUAUAAACAAGUGUGUGUGAGUAACAAG